CUCAGCUUCAACAAGUUUAUGGUUGUUGUUCAGAUGAUUUCAACAUUCCUUCCAUAGGAACAUGCGCACUUUAGGCGGAACGUGGAGUUUCCACAAGAGAUUCCAGAAUUCCGAGUCCUUAGUAGAAGUAGGGAUGGCAAUGGGGCUGGUUUGGCUAAACUAUCCCCAUCCCCGCUUUCAAAUAUCCAAAUCCAUACCCGUCCCAUACCCA